GGCUGUGAGGGCUGCUGAAGAUGUCCGAUAGUCUGGAUAUUGAAGAGAAACCUCCAGCCCCACCGUUGAGAAUGAACAGCAACAAUCGCGAUUCUUCAGCGCUCAACCACAGUUCCAAACCGCUCCCCAUGGCCCCCGAGGAGAAGAACAAGAAAGCCAGGCUGCGCUCCAUCUUCCCGGGAGGAGGGGAUAAAACCAACAAGAAGAAAGAGAAAGAACGUCCCGAGAUCUCUCUUCCUUCAGACUUCGAACACACCAUUCAUGUGGGAUUUGAUGCCGUCACUGGAGAAUUCACAGGCAUUCCAGAGCAGUGGGCCAGGCUACUACAGACCUCCAACAUAACGAAACUGGAGCAGAAGAAGAACCCACAGGCUGUACUAGAUGUUCUCAAAUUCUAUGAUUCCAAAGAAACAGUUAACAACCAGAAAUACAUGAGCUUUACGUCAGGAGAUAAAAGCGCCCACGGAUACAUCGAGGCCCAUCCUUCGAGCACAAAAACAGCAUCAGAACCCCCACUCGCUCCCUCUGUUUCUGAAGAAGAGGAUGAAGAAGAUGAAGAAGAGGAAGAUGACAAUGAACCUCCGCCUGUUAUCGCACCACGGCCUGAACAUACAAAAUCAAUCUACACACGCUCCGUCAUUGAACCCGCCGCUGCACCAGCACCAGCUAAAGAAGCCACCACUCCCCAGCCUGAAAACUCAAACACAAACACUUUGUACAGAAACACAGACCGGCAGCGAAAAAAAUCCAAGAUGACAGAUGAGGAGAUCCUAGAGAAACUGCGGAGCAUUGUGAGCGUGGGAGAUCCUAAGAAGAAAUACACUCGAUUUGAAAAAAUUGGCCAAGGGGCAUCGGGAACUGUUUAUACAGCGAUCGACAUCGCCACAGGACAAGAGGUGGCCAUAAAGCAAAUGAAUCUCCAACAACAGCCCAAAAAAGAACUAAUUAUUAAUGAAAUCCUGGUCAUGAGGGAAAAUAAGAACCCAAAUAUUGUGAACUACUUAGACAGCUACCUGGUCGGCGACGAGCUCUGGGUGGUCAUGGAAUACCUGGCUGGGGGCUCCUUGACCGACGUCGUUACCGAGACGUGUAUGGACGAAGGGCAGAUCGCAGCUGUCUGUCGGGAGUGCCUGCAAGCACUGGAUUUCCUUCAUUCAAACCAAGUGAUUCACAGAGACAUUAAAAGCGACAACAUUCUUCUCGGAAUGGAUGGAUCUGUCAAAUUGACUGAUUUUGGCUUCUGUGCUCAGAUCACCCCCGAGCAGAGUAAACGGAGCACAAUGGUCGGGACUCCUUACUGGAUGGCACCAGAAGUGGUGACAAGAAAAGCAUACGGCCCCAAAGUGGACAUCUGGUCCCUUGGGAUCAUGGCAAUAGAAAUGGUGGAAGGAGAACCUCCGUACCUUAAUGAAAAUCCUCUCAGGGCGCUGUAUCUGAUCGCUACGAACGGGACACCAGAACUGCAGAACCCCGAGCGACUCUCCGCCGUGUUCCGCGACUUCCUGAACUGCUGCCUGGAGAUGGACGUGGACAGGCGAGGCUCCGCCAAGGAACUUCUGCAGCAUCCAUUUUUAAAAUUAGCCAAGCCGCUCUCCAGCCUGACUCCUCUGAUCAUUGCAGCAAAGGAAGCGAUUAAGAACAGCAGCCGCUAGCGCUUCAGGCCGCUUUCUCCCACGCCAGCUCAGAGCGGGACUGAGAACAAAAACUCUAUAAAACCUCAACUCUUGUGCUGCAGGACAGAUGGAUGGAUGGACACACCAACGGUCGCAGUCACGGUGGUAAGAGGGAGAAAACCCAGUCCCUCAAGGAGUAAAAAACUAUCAUUUGUCUUCUUCCUGCUUUCUGGCUCCUUAAUUUAUUUUUAAGACGAAACAGGGCUUAAGACAGGUAAUGACUGAAAAUGCCUUGCUGCCUCAGCCAUUUCCAAGGUAAAGCAAAUUCAAUUGGAAGAUUCCCUUCCUUCUCACCUUGUGAAUAAGCUGUACAUUCACUUCUAAAUUGUCGUUGUUCUUAAAGAUGGAAAGUCCUUUUUAUGUUUGUUGCAUUGGGAUUUUUUUUGAUUUGGUUUGCUUUUUUUUGGUAUGGUUUGGAAUUGGAGAAGGAUCUCCUCCAUUCAUCAACUCCAUAUUGCACUGCCUUUUGAAUAAGCCCACUCGCUGGUAUGUGCCCAGUCAUGGUACUUGUAGAUGAGGAAGAAACUGAGAUUGCAUUUCCAACCAAAAAGGAAUCGAGAGUGGGGCAGAUAAAACAGUCCUGUUGAGACACAGGCGUUCAACUGUGAAUAUAUAGUGGUUUGGUUCUUGACAAUUUGAUUUGUAUAACUAAUUGUGAUAUGUUUGCCUGGAUGAGAGUCUUAUUGGAAUGAAAAAGCAGAAAGAUCAGUCGGUGUGCUCAGAAGGGGCUUGUCUGGUGCAAAGCUGUAAGAGAAGCGUGCGGUGAGAGCGGGCGCAGCCUCAGCAUCACAGACCCAGGCUGGAAGGAGGUGCUGGUGGCGGCAGGAGAUGGGCGCUGGGACCAGGCAGAUCACCGCGUAUCGGAGCCGUGGGCUGCUCCUCCACCGCAGCUGUGCUGCGAAAUGCGCACACCGGUGCGAUUCACCGUCUCGGCUCUGUGCGGGAGCAGAGGAGGGAAGACCAGACCAGAUGUCUGCUCUCCCGGUCGCCUUGUAGCUCCCGGGCAAGGUCUGUAGGGUCUGUGCCGCUCUUGGCAGAGGGCGAGCAUCCUCCAGGCACCCCAGUUCUGCCACAGAAACUGGGGACAACGUGAGUGAGGGACAACUUGUGCAGUUCAGAUACGCGUGAGCCGGCGCAGCAGAGAGCUCUGGAGCAAAGCACAUGCAACCCCGGAGUUCUGCUCUGAGAGCAAACGUGUCGACUGCAGAAACGUUGAGGGGCAUCAGGCCAGCCCGCCGUGUGCUGCCCCGUGUGCCGCGAGCGCUGCCCGAGGCAGCUCGGAGUUGCUGGGGGAGAGGGAAUCCUGGAUGUGACUGAGGAUUGUGCUUGAUUAGUCAACUGACUUGUAAGGGAGCGGAAUAGUUUUAAGUAUGCAAUUUGUGGGUAUUUUAUUCGUUUCUGAAAGAUGCAAUGUGGCUUCACGCAGAAAAAGCAUUUCCAUGGAGUAUUUGUCGCUGUAAUUUAGUAGUACAACUAAUCAAAGAUGCUGAAAACAGCACUUGGCCUGGUCCUGCCAAGGGCUAAAUAGCCUUUAAGGUACUGACCACCUUCAUGUUUUGCCAGUAGGAAUGAAGGAAGGUACUCAUGCUGCUCCUGAAUUAGGCCAUUAGCUGGUUCGGCUUCUUAUUUAGUUAUAAUUGUGUUGCAACUGUCAUUAAUGCUGCACACUCGCCCCCCCCGCGGGCUCUGUCCGUCCCACCGCCUGCCUGAGGCAACGCUUGGUGAGGUCCUGCGGCCGAGGAGGAAGGAACGGUUCUGAUUUCCUGGGGAGCACAACAGGUCUGAUUUUCAGAUAUCCAGAUAACAAAAGAUUGUUUCUUUUGUGAGGUCCCGUUUUUCUCUGCCAGCUCAAGCUGUCGAUCUGGGGGAAGAGACUUUCUUGAGAAAGAGAAUCAUUUGGGCUCGAGAUGGGCUGCCCUCAAUUUGUAAAGCAUUCAUCCGAAUGAAACAGGUUUGUAUUUCAUGUAAGAAGUGAAGAAACAAGUGACAGUUUCUGUUUCUAGUAUAGCUUUUAUUUUUCUCCUACCCACAAAAGAACAGACAGCCGUCCUUUAAAAGGAAAGCACUUUUUCAUGGCACGUGUUUGCUGGACAUACAAUAUGAAUACUUAUGUUGACAGACUACACGAUUAGAUGAUUUUUUUUUCCUAUUUAUUUUCUUUACCUGUAAGUAUUUCAGCGUCUCUGCUUUGCAAAAAGACACCACCACAGCUUCCUGGAAGAGAACAGAUAUGAAAAAUAGGAAAAGCAAAUGGUAGCAUCUUUUUUUCCUCAGUGUAUGCCCCAGCAUACACAGUGUUGUCAGCACUGGCUUUGUAAGACAACUGCUGUGAUAAGAGGCCUUACUUUUUAUGUUAUUAAAUACUGUAUUUAUUUUUCUUUGCAUCAGCAAAUCUAGAGGUCCCGUGAGGCAGACAGGAUCCAGCAAAUAAUCUGAGAGGGGCAAGUGUUGCAUAUGAUUUACAGGCUCAUAGUGUGUCAGGAUUGGCAAUAGCAUUGACCUCGCAGAAGGGAAAGAUGAUGACUGUAAAACCUCUGGAACCAACUCGGGUUUUCUGACUGCAGUCCUCGGAUUAAGUAAUUAGUUUAAUAUAUUUUUGGAAGUAUUAGAAAUAGGCUGUUUCUGUUGUGAAAUGCAUAGGUAAACAGAUUUCAAACGCACUCGUUCCAAGGUUUUAAAAGAUGAAUUGUCUUCAUUUUAAAAUUCAUUUAACAGUCAAAAAACCCCGAUCCAGAGCUUGACUAGGAUCGCCACCCCUGCAGUGACCUGUGUGUAAGUGACCUGGCAGGUCGCUGGAGUUUCGCUGUGCUUUGGGCUGCAGCAGCAGUGUCAGGGAACUUUGAGAAGCACAGAAAAGUUUAUUUAUUUAAGAAAAUAAAAGAGAAAAAGAAAAAAUGCCCAUAGCUCUGACGUACCAGCACGUGCUGCUGGGAGCCUGCGAGGGGCGCAUUGCACGGCGCUCUCGGGGGCUGAGCAGACACUUGCGCCGCGGCUGCAGGGCUGCAUGCUCACUGCUGGGGUCCAGCACCUUUGUAAAUACGUGUGUUUGUUCUCCACCUCUGGCUACGGCUUGGCCGGCUUGCAGGACACACCAAUGAAGUCACUUUUUUUAAUUAGCUGUUUGUGCUGAGUUUCCUUGAGGCCAAUGGCUGCACCUCCGCAGGGCUUUCGGUCCAUCUCCCCGUGUCCUGCCACUGAAAAUGAAGCACAUUCCAGUCAGCGCGAGAAGGGAAGCAAGUACCUGUCUGCUGUCCUCGAGGAGCAGGAGAUGUCCCCAUACCCUAGUGUCUGUGCGGCCUCUGUUUCCAGUGUAUAGUUAUUGGUGUGGCUACUGAAUAUUCCUCACACUGAGCAUGUAAGUACGUGUAUUUCUUAGUCCAGCCGAGAGCCGGGCUUUGCUGACAGCCAGGCCCUGCGCUCUAAUCCCGGCUUUGCCUUGCUAAAGCUUAUCAAGUCAGCGCUCCACACACCCGCCAACCAGAGUGUUGGUCAUUCCUGUACAGACGUGCAGGACUUAAUGAUGGGCAGCCUGACAAAGACCCAUAACUGCUACAGAUGUGCAGCAACUUAAUGAUGGGCAGCCUGACAAAGACCCAUAACUGCUACAGAUGUGCAGCAACUUAAUGAUGGGCAACCUGACAAAGACGCAGAGAUGCAAAGGGUGCAAUUAAAUUCUUCUUUUUCCUGUCUCCCCAGACCAGGUAACUAAUUUUACUUUACCUCCCCCAUUUUCAGGAAGCAGGCAAAGGGCGACGUCGUGUUCCAACAGAAACCAUUCAGAGUUUCUUGGAGUGUGAUUUGCAAUUCAGGGAUCUUUAAAACUUCUCUUUGUGUCUGUUCUUGAGCUGACAGGGUAAUUUCUUUUUCUGGCUGAAGUUGGCAGGAUCUUCCUUCUAAAUCCUCUCUUUUGAUGUGGUCUAGAGCAAAUUGCCAAAAUCUUGGCACGCAUCAGGCACACAGACUCUCUCUGGCCUGGACCUACCAGUGGUUGUGUGCACCUUUGGUGACAAGAGCCAUCUCAAAAGGAGAAAUGGUGUUCUUGGAAGAGGAGGAGGGACGUUUACAUGCUAUUCAUGGCUGCUGUGUGGGUAUGAACCUGCAAACUUUGUUCUGGCUUCUGAGCAAUUCUCCGAAGCACCCUAGAAGAGUUUUCCUUGGUGACGUCCCACCCUAAGGGCAGUGUCCCUGCCUGCACUCCCAAUGGGCCUCUGGCUGGGCUCCAUUUAUACUCAAGUGGAAUCUGAGCUGUGGUCAUACAUGCUUAGUGGUCUAGAAACUUGUCUUGCUGGAGGUGUUUCCUUGGCCAGGGCCCUGUCAGCCAAGGGCUGACACACACAGCCGCCAGACUAGAAGGGGGCAGGAGGUAGCUCACCCGCCGCAGGCUCCGAGAUGCCUCAGGCUGGUGCUCAACUGUUGCAAACACCACAGAACAUGGCCAGUGUUGAUUUUAAAGUUGGGUCCCUUGGCUGCUGAUGGGGGUGUGGUGUUCGUCCAGCCCAGCCAUGGCUGUGGGGUCGUGGUCCAGGCAGCACAACUGCUCCCACUGAAGCCACUGAGCCCGUGGUGGCUGCAGGGACAGCAGAGCCACUCACUUCAGAAGUCGAGGGGUCCCUUGGUUGAGUGGGUGGAAGGAGCUGCCUCUUGGUCUUCAUCAUGCAAAGCUCUCCAGGGCCAAAGCGGGGCAACCCUGCAACAGAACCACAGAAUGUCAGGGGUUGGAAGGGCCCUGGAAAGCUCAUCCAGUGCAAUCCCCCCAUGGAGCAGGAACACCCAGAUGAGGUUACACAGGAAGGUGUCCAGGCGGGUUGGAAUGUCUGCAGAGAAGGAGACUCCACAACCUCCGGGAAGACUUUUCUUCUCAUAUUUAAGUGGAACCUCUUGUUGUUCCAGUUUGAACCCAUUACCCCUUGUCCUACAUCCACGUCUGCUGAGAUUCCUGACAUUAGCGCUUAAGGUGCACAAAGGCAAGUGCUUUUUGUCACUCUGUUUAUAUUAUUAGUGUUAAGCAAUGCUGCUAAACCAGGCUGUAGCACAGCAACAGGCAAAAAGAAAGCCCCUCAGCUCUUCAGGGGUGAUUCUCCGAAGCUGCCAGUGGCUGCAGGUGCUGGGGUUGCUGCUCGGGGGGGACGGAGCAGCAGAGCCCCCGAUAGAACCCGUCCUGCGGGGCAGAGCCUGCGGCCGCACCGGGGCCACUCGGUGCUGUGUGUACAGACAAACAUUUCACAACGAUUCGCAAAAGAAUCCUGCAACUCUUGACUGGAUCAGGAUGUAGCCAAUGCUAAAUGCCAGUUUAGUCUGAAGCAGCCACCUUACACCUACACUGGUGUCCGAUAGGGGUUUUUAUUUUUUUUGUCUUCAGGGUAUCCAGACAAAAGUAAAGAGGAGGAGCCUCGUUUUCACCGUUUAUCAGAAAUGUAUCUCAUUUUGCUGUACAUUCCUUUUUUAGGACGUGUUAUCUGUUUAAAAAAAAAAAAAAGAAAAAGAAAAAACGGAAAAAAAAGAAAAAUAUAAAACCGAAAAACAAAUGUGUAGUGAAAAAUCUUCUGUAACUUUGGAUUAAGAGGUAACUGAUCUUUUUAAAAAAAGAACUAAGUUAUUUACUUUGUAAAUGUGCUGAUGGCAUGGAUCCAUCUUACUGACCUCAGCAUCCUUUUUUUUUAAGAUUCUGGGUUUUGUUUCCAAUAUUAAGUUAUUUUAAAUUGUGGUUGAAGCAAUAGAAAACUGAAAUAUGGAUUGUGCAUGACUGUGUCUUGAGUGUAAAAAUAUUGCAGUUUGAAACUUGGACCUAAAGUAUUGCAAAUAAAAGUUAUAAAUACCAA